GUGUUACAAUAUUAAGGAGUAUGAAAGAGGAAGUGCUUAAUAAUCGUCCCGUGCAUGUCCCUGAAAGUUUACGAAGAAAGAUAAGACAAAUACGUGAAGAAUUAAUGGUACUUGCCAGAGAUGCGCAGCUUAUCAUUGAUAGUACGGGUGCGUAUGUGAUACUUGGAGACAACGUAACAAAUUUGAUGAAAUCCGUUAGUGACGAUACGUUGUUCCCCUAUGUUAUGGAUGUAAUGACCGCUCCAGAAGAAGGAUACGAUUCAACGAAGGAUAUGUCUGAUUCUGAUAUAACAGGUCUAUUAUCUAUCGCAAUAAACCCCACUAAUUCAAACGGACAACGGGUAAAUGCUUACAGACGUCUCGGGGAUUAUAUCCACGCUGCCCAGAUGGAACGAACCACUACAUCGAUAGAACAGGAAUUGCGAACGUAUUCACAUCAGAAUGGUUCACGAAUACGUACGAUAGCCUUGAAGGCAAAAGGAUUAGCACAAGGAGCCGAAAUGUUACGGCCGAAGGAUCUCUAUAGUGUUACGCCCGAUUGGUUAUACAGACUUCUGAGACAAGAGUACGAAAGACUGGUGCAAAUAUGUGGAAAAACAAAUUCGCGGACAACUCUAAAUUAUUCGAACAAUGACGUAGGGUCGCAGGAGCUCCCCUUUGAAGGAGGAAAUGUUUGUGGUGACGACGAAAGAUUGGUAAGGUGGUAUGAAGAUAGCAGCGCAGAAAACAUGUGGUAUGGGAACACAAAUGAUGGAAAUGAUGGAGAAGUACAAAUGAUGGAAAUGAUGGAGUUGUACAAUGAUGGAAAUGAUGGAGUUGAAGCAAAUCUUCAGCAUGAGCCAUCUCCAAUAGUACAGCCAAAAAUCGAUUCUGAACUUGUCCCAAAUUCUUUACCAAUCUUGUCACCGCGUACUAACAAACAGAAAGUGGAUAAUACUCCACAACGUACCAGGUUAACAAUCAAUAAGCGUCCAGAUGAAAGUGUUAAAGAAUGGGCCAUUCAUCUUGCCGAUAGAUCAGACAAG